UCGGCCGGUAUAUAAGGAUGAAGAUGCGCUUCAGCCGCAUAUUGAGUCGUCUCCACUGGAACCGAUCACUCGAACAACAAUGAAACUCCUUAUGUGCCUGAUGCUGGUGGCCGUGGCGCUGGGUGCGGCUUCUGCGGGCUACAUCCACAAGGGUUGGUACCCGAGCUACAGCUCCCCUAUCGUCUACUCCCGGCCCGUCGCCUUCCCGUCCUACUACAGCGGCUGGUCCGGCAACAAUGGCUGGAACAACGGCGGAUGGAACCGUGGUGGGUGGAAGAGCGGUUGGAACAGUGGCUGGUGGUAAAUACUACCGACAUUUGACCAACAUUUUUACCUUUUUUAAAUCGUAACAACGGUCAUCCAAGCUUCUUGAAAAUUAGUUGCUAAGCAAAGUCACCUACUUGUACC